UUCCUUUGAUUUAUAAAAGGAACACGUUGAACAAGAAAAAAUAAACAAAACAACAAGUUGCUUGAAUUUUAACCAAAGUAAAAACAAAAAUGAAAAAUCGUUUCACUACAUUUGAUUUAAUUGCCAUAUUACCCGAAAUUCGAGAAAAAUUAUGUGGCAAUCGUGUUUAUCAAGUUUACGACAUAGAUAAUAAAACAUUUUUGAUAAGAUUCUCUCAUCCAGCACAUGACAAAAAUGUAGACGAAGAACAUUUGAAACAGAUGCUCAUUCUUGAAUCUGGCAUUCGUAUACAUUUGACUGAAUAUGAUUGGCCGAAAAAUUCAUCACCAUCCGGUUUUACAAUGAAACUACGUAAACAUAUUAAAAAUAAACGUCUUGAAACGAUCAAACAAAUUGGUAACGAUCGAGUUGUUGAUCUUCAAUUUGGUACAGCUGAAUACGCCAAUCACAUUAUCCUCGAACUUUAUAGCAAAGGAAAUAUCAUUCUUACCGAUAAAGAUUAUAUCAUCCUUAGUUUGCUUCGGAUUCAUAAAGACGCUAAAACGAAUAUUAAUAUUGCUGUCCGAGAAAAGUAUCCAAUGAAUUUGAAUACAUACAUUGCAGAAGAAUCUAAAAUGUCACAAAAUCGUAUUCAACAGAUUUUGGCCAAUUCAAAGGAACAAAAUUUUAAAAAAUUAUUCAAUCCACAUUUCUUAUAUGGACCAAACUUAUUGGAACAUUCAUUGAUGAAAGUUAAAAAUAUUUUGGAUACAAAUCGAAUAAAAGUAACAAUAGAAGAUAUUGAUUGGUUGAAAUGUGUAUUCGAUCAUGCCGAAUCAAUUGUCAAAGAAAUUCGAGCAGCAUCAUCGAAAGGUUAUCUGACAAUGAAAAUUGAAAAAAGACCAAAUUCAACCGAAAAUAUUGCAAUGAAUGACGAAUUCCAUCCAUAUCUAUUCAAACAAUUGGAAAAUCAUCGUUACACUGAAUAUGAAAGCUUUAAUAAAGCUGUUGAUAUUUUCUUCUCCAGCAUGGAAUCACAACGUAUUGAAUCGAAAGUUGUUCAACACGAGAAACAGGCAAUGAAAAAAUUGGAAUCGAUUAAAAAGGAUCACGAAUCUCGGCUAGAGAAUCUAGCCAAAUUACAAGAAAUUGAUAAUCGUCGUGCGGCACUGAUUGAAAAUAACAUUGAAUUAGUUGAAAAUGCUAUUUCGGUCCUUCGAAGUGCUAUAGCAAAUAAAUAUUCAUGGGAUAUGAUUGCUGAGAUGGUAAAAGAUGCUCAAGAUAAUUGCGAUCCAAUUGCAUCAAAGAUACAGGGACUAAAAUUGGAGAAGAAUUGUUUCGCUAUGCUGCUUGAUGAUCCUUACGAAGAUGGUGAUGGUAGAGAUUCUAUGGUUGUCGAUAUCGAUAUCGAUCUGACGGCGUAUGGAAAUGCAAGAAAAUACUAUGAUCAUCGAAAAGAUGCAGCGAAAAAAGAACAAAAAACCUUGGACCAUACUGAAAAGAUCUAUAAGAAUGUUGAACGUAAAGUUAAACAAGAACUUAAAGAAACCACUAUCAAAACGACUAUUGUUAUGGCGAAGAAAACAUUGUGGUUCGAAAAAUUUUUCUGGUUCAUCAGUUCGGAAGGUUAUUUAGUUAUUGCUGGUCGCGAUGCACAACAAAACGAAAUGAUAGUCAAACGUUAUCUAACCAAAAAUGAUCUUUAUGUGCAUGCUGAUAUUCAUGGUGCUACUUCGGUGGUAAUCAAAAAUCAUACAGAAAAGCCAGAAAUACCUCCUAAAACCAUAAAUGAAGCGGCUAAUAUGGCCGUUUGUUACAGUGCAUCAUGGGAAGCUAAAGUUGUAUCCGCCGCUUAUUGGGUAUACUCUCAUCAGGUACAGAAAACGGCACCAACAGGCCAAUAUUUAUCCGUCGGUUCAUUUAUGAUAAGGGGCAAAAAAAACUACAUACCAUUACAGAAUUUAGUCCUUGGUUUUGGCAUUCUGUUUCGAAUCGAUGAAGAAAGCCUUGAACGUCGAAAUGAACAACGAAAAGCACAACCACCACCAACGAUUCAAGACAAAGAUGGUGAAGAAAUUGAUUCUUCAUUUCCGGAUACGACAGUCAAAUAUAAAGAUUUACUUGAAGAACAUUUCUCCAAAACAGAUGAUGAUGAUUAUACCAUUGUCAACACAGGAGAAAAUUUAAAGAAAAAAGUGAAAAUGUUUUCGCAGAAAAUGGCUGCCAAACAAAUGAAAAAGCGUAAUAAAAUUGAUAAAAAGAAUAUUGAACAAAAUUUAAAAGAAACAGUUACAGAAACUGGUGAAACAAUAGCUGUGGCUGAAAAUGCUGAAGCGGAGACUAACAUUCAUAAUGAUGAUAAUGAUGAUGAUACUGAUGACAAUAAAUCCGAUAUCGUUGAUGAUGAAGAAACAAUGAACAAAAAUAAAAAUGAAAACAAUUCUGGUGAUGAUGAUGAUGAUGAUGAUAUUCAAGAAGAAUUGAACAAAUACAGUCUUGAUAGUCAACGAAUUAUCUCAUCAUUAGUAUCGAAUCCAAUGACCGAUGAUAAUCUUUUAUAUGCAUUACCAGUUUGUGGCCCAUAUACGUCCAUGCAAUCAUACAAAUAUAAAGUUAAAAUCAUACCCGGUUCAACGAAACGUGGUAAAGCAUCAAAAAAUGCAUUAAUGUUAUUUUUAAAAGAAAAAUUGGCUACUGAUCGUGAAAAAGAUUUACUUAAAGCAUUAAAAGAUCAGGAAAUAUCCAAAAAUAUGCCAGCUAAAGUUAAAAUUGUGGCUAGGAUUAAUAAAUGAAUGAAUAUUAAUAUUUAACAAUAUUAUGAAAUAAAUUAUUGUAUCCUUUUUAUUUUAAAAA